CAGCUGGAAGCAGCAGAAGAGCCAUGGGUCCCAGAUCUUCUGGACUCCAAGGAAAGGAAGAUCCCAAGAGGCACCUGCACAGGGCUGAGACUACUUUAAGACUGAGCCCAGGCAGGGCUAGAGAAACAGCACGAGAAGGGUACUGGGCUAGGCCCUGAUGGACUGUGUGCCCUGGAAGAGGCCUGUUCUGGUUCAUGCACAGACAAGGUGGUGGCUCAGCCGGAGGGCUGAUCUGUUGAAGAAACCACCUGAAAACCACUGAAUGGGGUCACCAGAGAAUAAAAACUGCAGACGCGCCCAUGAGAGGCAGAUGAUGAGACAAUGAGUGAGAACGAGGAUGGGAAUCCACAGCAGGAAGGUCCUGGGCAAGUGGAACUGCAGGGAAGGUUUUUGAGAAGAGCCGAAGGGAAUUUUUCCCAGUGCUGGGAAGAGAGAGAAGCCUGGAGUCAUCGGCACAGGUCAGAGAGGAAGUUGGGAAACAGCCAAAGGAAUAAAGUAAAUGAAGUAAUUGAAUGUGGGGGAGGAGGCAAGGAUCCCCAGGAAACCACAGCUCAGCAGACAAAUCCCAAGGAAAAGAAACCAUAUAAAUGCUUGGAAUGUGGGAAGACCUUCAGUCGGCGCUCAGAUCUUAUUAAACAUGGUAGAAUCCACUCUGGAGAGAGACCCUAUAAAUGCUUGGACUGUGGGAAAAGCUUCAACCAGAGUUCAAAUCUUACUACUCAUCAGAGAGUGCACAUAGGAGAGAGACCCUAUAAAUGUCUUGAGUGUGGGAAAAGUUUCAGUGUACUCUCAACUCUUAUUGUACAUCAGAGAACCCACACAGGAGAGAAACCUUAUGAAUGUUUGUACUGUGGGAAAAGCUUCUAUCGCAGCUCAAAUCUUACUACCCAUCAAAGAGUGCACACAGGAGAGGGACCAUAUAAAUGUCUUGACUGUGGGAAAAGCUUCAGUGCACCAUCAGUUCUCCUUAUACACCAGAGAACCCACACGGGAGAGAGACCUUAUAAAUGCUUGGAGUGUGGGAAAAGCUUCAGUCGCCGCUCAGGCCUUAUUAGCCAUGAGAGAAUCCAUACAGGGAAGAGACCGUAUAAAUGCUUGGACUGUGGGAAAAGCUUCAGUCGCCGCUCAGACCUUGGUAACCAUGGGAGAAUCCACACAGGAGAGAGACCAUAUAAAUGUUUGGAGUGUGGGAAAAGCUUCAGUCAGAGCUCAGGCCUUAUUAACCAUAGCAGAAUCCACACGGGAGAGAGACCCUAUACAUGCUUGGACUGUGGGAAAAGCUUUUAUGGGAGCUCAAAUCUUACUGCCCAUCAGAGAGUGCACAUAGGAGAGGGACCAUAUAAAUGUCUUGAGUGUGGGAAAAGCUUCAGUGCACCAUCAGUUCUCCAUAUACACCAGAGAACCCACACGGGAGAGAAACCUUAUAAAUGCUUGAAGUGUGGGAAAAGCUUCAGUCAGAGCUCAGGCCUUAUUAGCCAUGAGAGAAUCCAUACAGGAGAGAGACCAUAUAAAUGCUUGGAGUGUGGGAAAAGCUUCAGUCACCGCUCAGGCCUUAGUAACCAUGGGAGAAUCCACACAGGAGAGAGACCAUAUAAAUGCUUGGAGUGUGGGAAAAGCUUCAGUCGCCGCUCAGACCUUAGUAACCAUGGGAGAAUCCACACAGGAGAGAAACCCUAUAAAUGUUUGAUCUGUGAGAAAAGUUUCAAUCGGAGCUCAAAUCUUCAUACACAUUGGAGAGUACACACAGGAGAGAGUGGGAAAAGUUUCAGAGAGAGCUCAGAGCAUCAGGAGAGAAAUCAUAGCCAGGGCUCUGGCCCUCCCCACCCUCCAAGCCAGCUGAGACUGACCCACUUCAGAUGCCCGGCUCCUGCCCUGCCCUAUCCAUUGCUCCUCCUCCCUGUAUUUGUCUAGCUUCCCAGACAGAGUCACCUGGUCUCAUCCCCCUCUUGGGUCUUAGGUUAUGAAGGGCAUUGGCCACAGUAUGUGUGCAGGUAGCCUCACCUGCCCCAUAGGUGCCAACUUACCCUCUGGCUGGUGGGUGCUUGACCCCUGCCCCACCCCUUCCCCCAAGGCCCCAUCCCUGCCCCGCCUCUUCCUGCCCCUGC